CAUAGUCCCUGUUAUUUUGACGAAAUAAUUCACCUUCAGUUUAUCCAACCUCUAGAUCAGUCAAGCUUCGACCAUGGGCAACAAAUCACUUAUAAUCCUAGCGAUUUUUUUCGUUUGUGUGAAAUUUGGUACCACUAACUGCCCAUCAGGGAUAUACGAAUCUGGUUUAUCUCAGGGGGACCGAGAUUUCAUCGUCAACCGUCAUAAUUAUCUUAGAGGCUUGGUUGCUUCUGGAAGAGUUCCAGGUCAACCAAGAGCUACUAAUAUGAAACAAAUGAAAUAUUCACUGGAAUUGGAGAGGAAAGCGCAAGAAGUAGCUAACACAUGUGAAUUUGAGCAUGUUAAAAUCACAGGAACUUCUUGGGGAUGGGUAGGUCAGAACCUGUAUAUUUCCAUGUCAACUGCCUAUGGUAAAGGUUCAAAUUGGCAGAAUGCUAUUCAAUCCUGGUUCAAUGAACACAAAGUGUAUAGAUUUGGAUCUGGGUUCUCUGCUGCAACAGGACAUUACACUCAGUUGGUAUGGGCUGAUAGCGACAAUGUUGGAUGUGGAUACGCAUAUUACAAAAAAGGAGGCUCCUUCCCUUACCAGAAACUUUACGUUUGCAACUAUGGACCAGGUGGUAACUACAUUGGUCAGAACCCCUACAGGACAUAAAAGGAAUCAGCGAUCCUGCGAUUCGUAUGGAAUAUAUAUUUAUGAUAAUGAUAUUUUUAUUAUAACCAAUGAAAUAAAAUCUAAAAGCGUA